CUGAGCGCCUGACCAUGUUGGGAAUUACAGUCCUCGCUGCCACUGUCAUAGUGGCCUGCGCCUCCAGCUGUGGAGAUCCCACCUUCCCACCUAACCUGGCAACCAGGGUGGUAGGGGGAGAGGAUGCCAUCCCCCACAGCUGGCCUUGGCAGAUCUCUCUUCAGUACCUCAGGGAUGGCACAUGGAGGCACACCUGUGGGGGCACUCUGAUCACCAACAAGCACGUCCUCACCGCUGCCCACUGCAUCAACAAAACCUUAACUUACCGAGUGGCUCUGGGGAAGUCCAAUUUGACGGUGGAGAAUGAGGAAGGCUCCGUGUACUCGGGGGUGGACACCAUCUACGUCCACGAGAAGUGGAAUGCCCUCUUCGUGUGGAAUGACAUUGCCAUCAUCAAGCUGGCUGAGCCUGUGGAACUGAGUGACACCAUCAAGGUGGGCUGCAUCCCAGAGGAAGAUGCAUUGCUGCCUCAGGACUACCCCUGCUAUGUCACCGGCUGGGGUCGCCUCUGGACUGGUGGCCCCAUUGCCGAUGUGCUCCAACAGGGCCUGCAGCCCAUAGUGAGUCACGCCACAUGCUCCAGGUUGGACUAUUGGUUCAUCAAGGUCAGGAAGACAAUGCUGUGCGCCGGGGGUGAUGGCGUCAUCUCAGCCUGUAACGGAGACUCAGGUGGCCCACUGAACUGCCAAGCAGAAGAUGGCUCCUGGCAGGUGCAUGGCAUCGUGAGCUUUGGCUCCCCUCAAGGCUGCAACACAUUCAAGAAGCCAGUGGUCUUCACCCGUGUGUCUGCCUACAACGAAUGGAUCAACGAGAAAAUACAGCUGUGAAGAGUCGGUUCCAGAAGCGUUGCAGCCCACCUCCCAACAGCAAUAAAGUUCCUUCCACGAA